UUAAAUUUAGUUCAAAUGCUUAAGUGUUUUGUUAGAAGUAUGGGGUUAAGGAAUCAAAUUUAUCUGCUACUUUGGAAGAAUUUUACACUCCACAAGAGGCAAAAGGUCCGAGUGGUCGUGGAAUUAGUGUGGCCUUUGUUUCUGUUUUUAAUAUUGACAUGGGUGAGGACACGAGGAUUGAAAAUAUACAUACAUGAAUGCCAUUUUGAUGAGAAGGCCUUGCCAUCUGCAGGAGUAUUACCGUUUUUAAAAAGCACAAUCUGUACAUUUAACAAUACUUGCUAUUCACAAGUCGUGAAUGGUCAGUCUCCAAGUGAGGUGCCAACAUUCAACACUUCCAUAGUUAUGAGAGCUGUUUCUGACGUGGGAAAUAUCUUCAAGAAACAAAUUGAAUCUAAAAAUUGGGAAAUGUUUGAUAAACUUUCAACUAAUUUAAAGUCUUUAACUUUAUUUGUGAAGAGAUUAACUGACCCAGAUUCUUCCUUAAAAGGAGAAAUAAACAUGAGCAACAUCCUCAGAGAUGUGAGUGAAGUUUCAGAAUCUGUGCUUAACCAGUCAUAUGGAUUGACAAAAGAUACAGUGGACACCUUGUUGAAAAGUAGAAUCAGAAUAGGGGGAAUACCUCAGCUGUUUGCAAGAGGACGUUUGUCAGUGCCUGCUUUUGUCUGUAAAGGAGACAGACUCAGAAAACUUCUCUUGCCACCUGAAGAGGGAGAUUUUAAACUUCUCAUUAAUGAUCUCUGUAAACUUACAUCAGAUGAGUGGAAAAAUAUAAUAUUGGAACUAGGAAAAAAUCUUGAUAUUUUAGAACUGUUGCAUCAGAUCUCAGGAAUACUGGAGCAAAACAUGGGAAAUGCCAUGAAUCUGGAACAGUGGGAAACUGUUGCUUAUACUGUUAAGGAUGUUGUAACAGAGGCUGCAAAUUUAGAAAGUUUAUGGGAAUUACAAAACAAUAUCCAAAUUUCACUGGAACAUGUGCAAGAUUUUCUUAGUUUUGAAAGUUACAACACAACUGCCCGCUUAGUCCAAGUAUUGAUAUGUGGCCGAAACACUACUGAAUUUUUUGAUCCCAACAAUCAAGGCCCAGCUCGUCGGUUUGAAGAGUUUAAGGAUCAGUUGGAAAGAGAAAGAGAAAAACAGGAAAAUAAAAAUGACACCCAAGAGUACAAAUAUGACAAUGCAACCACUCCAAAGUGCAACAGUCUUUUCAAAACUUUAGAAGAGAAUGAGAUAACAAGAUUCAUUUGGAAUCAGAUGAAACCAUUUAUAAGGGGGAAAAUUUUAUUCACACCCAAUAAUCCAGCUACAAGAAGAAUAAUUUCUCGGGUAAACUCCACUUUUGCACCUUUGGUAACACUUCAGUCUUGGAGUUCACACUGGCUAGAUGUCCUUAGUGGUCAAGUUGAACUGCUAAUGCAAAACAGUACAGAAACAAUAAAGACACUAAAGAAAGUCACAUCUCCUGGUGUGUUUUCACUUUCUAAACUCAUUCAGGUGAUUCUUAAAAACAGCUCCAUUAGUGGGCUCUUGAAUAACCUUGGAGACCAGACUAUCACAGGGCGUUUUGCCAAGCAAUUUCAUGACAACCUGGUUUUGGUAUCUGAGAACUGGGAUAGCUGGCUUAAUCAGAUAAACUUUAUCAUGCAGGAGAUUAAAGAUUAUAGCCAGUGCAUUGAGCUGAACAGGUUUGAAGGCUAUGACAGUGAGGAUGAAGUUAUAUUCAAGGGGCUGGACUUGCUGGCAGAUAACAAACUAUGGGCCUCUCUUGUAUUCACCAACAUGUAUGACUUGAAGGAUGACAACCUUCCUCCAUACAUUAAGUACAAAAUCCGCAUGGACUCUAAGAAAGUGGACAGCACUAAGAAAAUUGAGGAUAUGAUUGCUAGACCUGGACCAAGAAGAAGACCUGCGAUAGAUCUGAAAUACUUUACCUAUGGAUUUGCCUUCCUGCAGGACAUGGUAGAACAUGCCAUUAUUCACGAACACACGGGCAGACUGGAAGAUACAGGAAUAUACAUGCAACAGUUUCCAUACCCUUGUUACAUUUUUGAUCAGUUCAUCAUGGCCAUUUCUAGAUCCUUCCCAAUGUUUAUGGUUUUGUCCUGGGUGUACACUUCUGCCAUGAUAAUCAAAAGCAUUGUCCAUGAGAAAGAACAACGGCUGAAAGAAGUAAUGAAAGUUAUGGGUCUCAGUAAUGGUGUACUUUGGCUGGCUUGGUUCAUCAACUCCUUCUGUUUUAUGACCUUGAGCUGUGCUCUUCUGACUCUUAUCCUAGUGUUUGGCAAAGUUCUUCUUCACUCUGAUGCCAUCAUCAUCUUCCUCUUCCUGAUGUGUUAUGCCGUGGCCACAAUCAUGCAAAGUUUUCUCUUGAGCACAUUUUUUUCAAAAGCUAAUAUAGCAGCUGCUGCAGGAGGGAUUGUGUUUUUUAUUCUCUACCUGCCAUACAACUUUGUCGUUCUGUGGGAAGAAGAACUUACUGUUCAUGUCAAAACAGCUGUGAGUCUUUUAUCAAAUGUUGCUUUUGGCCUUGGGUGUAACUACUUUGCCCAUUUUGAGGAAGAGGGUGUUGGUGUCCAAUGGUGGAACUUUUCAACAAGCACCCUACCCAUCGACAGUUACAGCUUGGCACAUUGUAUGGGAAUGUUACUUUUAGAUGGUGUUAUCUAUGGUAUUUUGACCUGGUACAUUGAAGCAGUCUUCCCAGGAAAGUAUGGAGUGCCUAAACCCUGGUAUUUCUUCAUGACUUCAUCGUAUUGGUGUGGAACAGUGAAAGUUAAACCAGUUACAUCAGAAGAUUCAGAAAGUGGAAGUCAUCAUUCUCAAGUCAGUUCAGAUUUUGAAGAAGAACCAAAAGACUUGCUUCUAGGUGUGUCUAUUCUACAUCUGAGUAAAGUCUACAAAAAUGGACUGAAACCAGCAGUGGACAACCUGAGCUUAAAUUUCUACGAAGGACAAAUAACCUCAUUUUUAGGUCAUAAUGGAGCUGGUAAAACCACAACUAUCUCCAUCUUGACAGGCAUGUUCCCCCCAACUCUGGGAACAGCCAAGAUAUAUGGUUGUGAUAUUCGCACCAAUAUGGAUAUCAUCCGGAAGAAUCUAGGAACUUGUCCACAAUACAAUGUGCUCUUUGACCAAUUGUCAGUAUUGGAACAUCUAUGGUUUUAUGCUCGUUUAAAAGGAGCAUCAGAAAAGGAUGCCCAGUUAGAAUCUCAAAGUAUGGUAGAAGAUCUUGGAUUAGGCCAGAAAAUGGAUGAGUCUUCAAAAAACUUGUCAGGAGGUAUGCAGAGAAAACUCUCCAUUGCCGUUGCAUUUGUUGGUGGAUCUAGAACAGUUAUUUUAGAUGAACCCACAGCAGGAGUCGAUCCUUAUGCUCGAAGAUCAAUCUGGGAAAUGCUUUUGAAAUAUAAAACAGGAAGGACUAUUAUAUUGACUACACACCACAUGGAUGAGGCUGACUUGCUUGGAGAUCGUAUUGCUGUUAUCUCACAGGGAAAACUUAGGUGUUCAGGAUCUUCGCUUUUUUUAAAAACUCGAUUUGGAAGUGGUUACUACCUUACUCUAGUGAAAGCAUUGUCUUACAGAACAAAUGGUGCAGAGGAAAGAAAAAAAAGGCAGUCACUCCAAAGGUCCCGGGAAACUGAUGGGGCUAAUGGACAACAUGAAGUCGAUGAUGAGGGUGUUGCUGACAUGUCAGCUACAGACUCAAAGUCUGAUCAUUCUGAAAAUUCUAGUGCUGUGGAAAGUCCUUCACAAGUAAUUGUAUUUCCCUGGGAACGCCCAUGUUCAGUUUCCAAGGUAACAGCUUUUAUCCAUGCUUAUGUUGCUGAAGCAAGAUUGAUAGAGGAUGUGGGUUCAGAGCUGUCAUACCUUCUUCCACCAGGUGCUCAGAAUACCAGCACUUUGGGCCACUUGUUUGAAGCACUAGAUGUUAAUUUAGAUGCCCUCUGUAUCAGUAGCUAUGGGAUCUCAGACACUUCCUUAGAAGAGGUGUUUUUGAAAGUUACCAGGGUAGAGGGUGAACAACUGAAUGAGGAUGCUUUGACCAAUGCUGUAGAAAGUUUAACUGAAGGUGGAAAGUAUGCCACUCGAGUAAGAACCGAGAGCCUGCAUGGCUCGAGUUUAUGGAAUGCGGUAAAGGCUCUCCGAUUCAAACAUGUACAGGGACUGAUUAAACCACAACAUUCUGAUCCUAAUAUGCUGGUCAAUGGGUCAGAUGAAUCAGCUGCUUCUCAGAGACUCACAGAAGGAGGGAAUGGUGAGAAUGGUCCAGAACUUCCUUCUCCACCAAUAGAUGAUAGGAAAAGGUUGACAGGGAUGGCAUUGAUGUUUCAUCAGAUUAAGGCCAUCCACAAACGUCGUUUUCACCAUACUAGAAGGAAUCGUAAAGGUAUAUUUUGUGAGAUUAUUUUACCAUCUGUAUUUGUAUGUUUGGCUCUUCUACUAACUCUGAUGAUACCCCCUUUCAUGGAAGAACCCCCUCUAGAAUUAACUCCAUGGCUAUAUGGACCACCUAACUAUGUAUUUUAUAGUAAUGAAGAUCCAGACAAUCCACUGACCCAGGCUUACAUUGAACAACUCUUGGGAAACCCAGGUCUUGGAACACGUUGUGUAGCAGGAGACCCACUUAAGGAUUUACCAUGUAAACCAACAUUCAUGAAUUCAUCUUUGUUACUACCUCAGUAUAACUUAUCUCAAGCAAACAGAAUUGUUCCAUGUAACUGUAAUUUUGGAACACAGCACUGUCCAGCAAGUGUGGGAGGACCAGAACCCCCUAGUGUGGUUGCCAGCACUACAGAUAUCAUCUACAAUAUGACUGGUCGAAAUAUUUCAGACUGGCUUGUUAAAACUACCAAAAAGUAUUACAAAAAAAGAUAUGGAGGUUUUACAUUUGGAGAAAAAAAUCUUCUUGGAAAUUUUAACUUCACAUAUAUAAAAGAAGCAGCACAUCAGUUAGUUGAAGCUAGUGGCUUCUCGAAGAAGUGGAAGGAGGUGGAGACUAUGAUAGACAAAGUAGAGAAACAGUUUCAUAAUGUACAAGUCUUUGACAACAUUAAGGUGUGGUUCAACAAUAAGGGCUGGGCAUCUUCUGUAGCAUACACGAAUGCUUUAAACAACCUUAUACUUCGCACUCAUCUCCCUCCUCAUCUUGAUCCUCGUCAGUACGGCAUAUCUGUGGUAAAUCAGCCAAUGAACUUUACUCAGGAUCAGCUACAGGAAGAACUGCUGAAGAAGGGAGGUUUGAGUUUGCUGCAUGCUGUGUGUGUUAUCUUUGCCAUGUCAUUUGUUCCUGCAAGUUUUGUUAUGUUUCUGAUCGAAGACCGAGUGUGUGGUUCCAAGCAUUUACAGUUUGUCAAUGGAGUCAAGCCUUUAGUUUACUGGAUAGCAACCUACAUUUGGGACCUGGCUAACUACAUUAUUCCUGCCACACUUUGUAUCUUCAUUUUCUUGGCCUUCAGAGAAGAUGCAUAUGUUUCAGAAAACAAUUUUGGAGGACUUGUUUUGUUGCUCUUACUGUAUGGCUGGGCAAGUGUGCCAUUGAUGUAUCCUGCCUCCUACAUAUUUACAGUCCCUAGCUCUGCCUUUGUAGCUUUGGCCUGUCUCAACCUUUUUAUUGGAAUUGUCACAACCGUGGCAACUUUUGUUUUGGAACUGUUUGAUGAUGAGGAAUUACGAGCAAUAGCUGCCAUUCUCAAGAAGGUGUUUCUCAUAUUUCCUCACUAUUGUCUCGGUAGAGGAUUAAUGGAUAUGUCAACUAACCAUUUAGCAGCUGAAACCUUUGCACGGUUUGGAAUCAACACCUUUCGGGAUCCCAUGGAAUGGGACUUUUUGGGUCGUAAUCUGCUAAGCAUGUCCGUCCAAGCUGUUGGUUUUUUCUUCGUGACCAUAUUGAUUCAGUAUCGAUUUUUUAUAUCCAAAAGAGAACCCUCCAUUGAUGAAGAAAUAGAAGAUGUUGAUGAUGAUGUUGCUGCUGAAAGGAAGAAGGUGCUGAAUGGCAGCACUAAAGAUGCUGUGCUAAAAAUUGAGAAUCUGACAAAGGUGUACAGAACAGGACAACACCCAGCUGUCAAUCGUUUAUGCGUAAUAGUAAAACCAGGUGACUGCUUUGGCUUGCUGGGUGUUAAUGGAGCAGGAAAGACAACAACCUUCAAGAUGUUAACAGGACGAACUAGUGUAACUGCUGGGAAUGCUUUUAUUAAUGGUUACAGCAUCAAAACAGAAGUGGAUCAAGCAAGAGAAAAUAUUGGCUACUGCCCACAGUUUGAUGCCUUGGACUCACUUCUGACUGGUACAGAGCACCUGGAGUUCUAUGCUCGGCUUCGUGGCAUUCCAGAGAAAUAUGUUAGAAAAAUUGCCUGCUGGGGAACAAGAAAGCUUGGUCUCACUGACUAUGCAGACCGAUGUGCUGGAACCUACUCUGGUGGGAAUAAACGGAAACUUUCAACAGCCAUAGCUUUGCUUGGUAACCCAUCAUUGGUAUUCUUGGAUGAACCGACAACAGGAAUGGACCCAAAAGCUAGAAGAUUUCUGUGGAACUGUAUCAUUGAUAUGGUUAAAGAAGGACGCUCCGUGGUUCUUACAUCUCAUAGCAUGGAAGAAUGUGAAGCUCUUUGCACUAGACUGGCCAUAAUGGUUAAUGGACAAUUCCGAUGUCUUGGAAGUAUUCAGCAUUUAAAAAACAAGUAUGGAGAGGGCUAUAUGCUGUCUUUACGAGUUGGAGGAGGUUUAAAUGGCAUCCACCAGGUAGCUUGUUUUAUGGAAAAAACUUUUGGAAACCAAGCAGUUCUAGGGGAACAACAUUUGAAUCAGAUGGAAUACCUGUUGGCAUCUUCUCUGCCUUUAGCAACUGUAUUCCACCAGCUGGAAAAAGCUAAAGAACUUUGUAACAUAGAAGAUUACUCUCUGGCACAAACAACUUUGGACCAGGUGUUCAUUCGUUUUGCCAAGUUGCAGACUGAUGUUUCAGAAGAAGAACUUCCUAAGCCAGUCAUUCCUGCAGUCGCUCACACAGAACCAACUUCUGAAGACAAAGAUAAAAAAUGUGAAACAACCACUCCACCUGGUGGCUCAGGAGUUGGAGAUAUUGAGCUUUGCAUUUUAAAUAAUUCUUUGCCACAUAGCGAAUCUAACUUGGAGGCACAGGUUAAUGUCUGAACCCUGUACAAUCAUCCUUUUAUAAAUUGUUUCUCUACAGGCUGCAGUGAGGAUGUGGAAGAUGUAGCAGCAUUAAAGGUUGUUGGUUCCUGGCAUCAACAAUAUCUAAUGUUUGAAGUAGACAUAAAUUAUUUAUUGGAACUUCACUUUUGACUCCCCAUUAAAACUUUUUUUCGAUCUGUUUCAAAAAAAUCUCAAGUAAUCAACAUUGUUAUAAACUUAGCAUCAAAAAUGUUUUUGUUAAAAUUCUUCUGUUCUUCUUUUCAAUCUUGUAUGCAAAAAAUAAGAUAGUUCCAAACAUUACAAGUUAAAAUUAAAAAUAAAUUUCCUAACCAUUUGAAUACUCAGUUCUUCAGCUCAGUACCUAAUCACAUCUGAAUUCUUUGUUAAUACUUACUAGAUUGAGUAUAUUGUAAAUAUAGAAAAUUGAUGUUCUUCAAUCUCCUGUUGUAAUGUAAAAUUUGUCUGCAUUGAAUUUCUUUUACACUGUGAUAGUUCUUCAUUAAUUUGUUUGAUGAAUAUCUUGUAGCAUUCUACAAUUAAUAAAUUUAAACAAAUUAUAAUGUGUAUACAUCAUGGAAGAGUUACUAAAUUUAAGAAUGAUGAGCAUCUUUAUAAUCAUGCUCUCUUUUCACUCGUUUGAUUAAAUUAAUAUUAACAAAAUAGAUUACUGAAGAAAUGGCAUUUACCAAGUUCUUUGUUUAGUGUAUACUUAUAUAUAUAUAUAUAUAUAUCUAUUAUAAAAAUUAAUGUUUUUAACUGAAGUUUCAUUUCAUUCUUAUAUGAUUAAUGGGUGAACUUAUUUUUUAUUAAAAUGAAAGAAAAUCUGAAAUUAUUGUUUCAUCCAACUUUGUUGUAAGCUAAAACUUUGGUUACAUAUUUAUUUAAGUUUUUGUACAUUUAACAGUAUUAAUCAUUGCCAUAACUUGGACUAAAAUAUUUGUGUGGAACCUCUUAAUAAUUUUAAUUGGAAUUAUUAUAUAAUUUCAGUGACUUUAGGCCUGUUCAGACAUGACAUUUUGUCACAUGCAGUAAACCUAAAUAAUGUUAACCAGUUUCUACUCUUUUUUUUUUCCUGUAAGUUCGGAUAAACUCCUGUAAAUGUUGCAAUGUCAGUUGCUCAAAAUCAAGCUUCCAUGCUGUAUUUUAUCACACUUUAAUCCACAUUAUCUCUCUUUGGGAAAAAGUAAAGCAGUGUAAAUAGUUAUUUUUCUUGCGUCUCUUUAUUAAAUUUAAGUGAGAUAUUUUUUUUAUUUCUAUUUGUUUUAACUAACUUAUAUUAUUGUGAUAAUUUCCUUUAUCUUUAUGCUUGUUGACAUUUUAUGACAUAAAUCAAGAAAUUUUACUGUUAUGAAAAAAUAUUUUCAAAAAUCUUAGUUUCUAGUCAUUAAAUUUGAGAACUGGAAAAUUUUAAAGUGAACUAUUAGAAGCCUGAAAGUGUAAUAUCCUUGUUUUAAAUCUAAGACAUUUGAAUUUGAUGAAAGUAACAGGUAGGCAAAUCUUUUGCUUUUCAUAUAAAAAGCAUUUUUAAUACAACUUAUACAGAGUCAAGCCAAACUACUGACUUAAGGGUUUGUUGUGUAAUGUUUCCAAUCAAGAGAAGAACAGCUAGGUUUGUCUAGUUUUGGUACAAUACUAGAAAAACCAAAAUAUCUCCUGCUAGAAAUUGUACGGUUCUCAUAAUAGUAUCUGGUCUUCUGUUGGUCAUUUUCUUUCCUUCUACUAAUUAUCAACAGAAACACAAUACAAGUAAACUGAAUGUGUAGCUAUUACUUUGAACCAUAUAUUGAGUUUGUAAAAUACUUGUCUCUUACAGGAAAUUCUGAUAAGUAAAUCAGAUUUUUUAACAGAAUUUCCUGUAAGAGACAAGUGAAAAAAUGAAAAAAUAAUUAUUUUAGCAAUUGCUUUGAAGGUAUUCUAGAUUUUAAGUAAAAUAUUAGUAUUUUAAAGUUUUUUUCAUAACUCAAAUGCAUUACUAAUGUUUUUUUCAUAAAAGGAAGAUGCUAGAGUUUAUGGUAAACGUAUAUUAAAGUUAACAGUUUUCAUUUGGUAUGGAAAGUUAUUUUGCAACAGAAAAUGUUUUUAUCUUUUUUGUUUCUCUGUAGAGAAAAGUGAUAGCAACUUAGUUUUGUAGUACUGUGAUUUUUUUUAGUGCAUUGUAUUGUUCAUGAUGUCUGUUGUCAUCUUUCCCUGUGAUGGGAAUUAACAGAGAUUUCUUUCAAAUCCUGCACAAAAAAAGUAGAAUAUUUUGAUAAUUCAGGUCAUGUUCAAAAUUCCAAAGUUUUCUUUUAAUGAUAUUUUUCAAAAGGUCUUUUUGUAAUGCCAAUAAAGGGAAAAAUUUUUAUUUGCUUAUAAAGCAUCACCAGUCUUUUGUUGGCCAAACAAAUUGUAAAUCUGAUUAGUUAAAAUGAGAGCUUUGAUCUUUUAUUGUACGGUAUCACAUUCUAGGUAUGUUUAGUACAGUGGUUUGAUUAACAUUUCAUUCUAAUAUUAUAUAUAAACUAAGAGAGAUUUU